AAAUUGAUGUAUUACUUUGAAUAAAGAUCUCUAAGGCACAAACUUCACAUAUAAACUAAUGAUCAGAAACUGUAAUUGUAGCAGCAGAAGAAUGCUUCAUCUAUGGUUAUUUACCAUUAAAUUGAUAUACCUUUUCUAUAUUGUUGUAGGCCAAAACAAUAGCAAUUCACAAGAACUACUUGAAUAUAGAUAUGCAUGUUUGGACCAAUCUUCUACUCCUCCCUCUACCACAUACCAAACCAACCUCAACAAUUUAAUCUCUUCAUUAUCAUCAGAUUCUGCUUCCAGCAAUGGUUUUGGAAAUAGUACUUCAGGUGAUAAUCAAAACAACAUGGUUUAUGGACAGUACCUUUGUCGUGGCGAUGUUAAUACAAGUCUUUGUCAUUCAUGUGUUCAAAACUCUAGCAGAUUGCUCAAACAACACUGUCCUAAUAAUGCAUCAGCAAUUUUGUGGUACCCUUUUUGUCUUCUAAGGUACUCAAAUAAGAAUUUCUUUGGUAACCUUACUAUAAGACCAAGGAUUCCUAUGUUUGAUGUAGCACAAAAUUUAACUAGUGCUGGUGAAUUUGAUAGUGAUGCUAGGGUUUUGAUGAAUGGUUUGAUACAAAUGGGAUCACAAACACCAUUGAUGUUUGGAACACAUAUGUUUAACAUAAAUGGUACUCAAAGAAGGUAUGGUUGGGUACAGUGUAGCAGAGAUAUUACUAGCGAGGAAUGCAGAACUUGUUUGAGCAAUAUGCUUGAGGAUGUUGAAAAUUGUUGUAUGGAGAAGAAAGUGUGGAGAAUCUUUUCUCCAAGUUGUAUUGUCAUGUAUGAAACUCAGCCAUUCUUUGUGAAUGGUACAGUUUCUGAAGCUCCUGUGCCUCAACAAGCUAAUGAAAAGGAUGGCACAAGGUCAUGGAUAAUAAUAAUCAUUGUUGUAAUUGGAGCAGUAGUAGCAGCUCUAGUGGUUUUCAGCACAUACUAUUUCUGGUGCUUGAAACAUCGAAAAAAGAGAAAUUUUAUGCAAGGCCAUAGUCGAAUAUUUUCUCAAGAUCAGACUGACAUUGAGAAGACUGGAAAUACUGACCUACCUAUGAUGCCUCUGAGUACUAUUCUAAAAAGUACUAAUAAUUUUUCCGAUGAAUAUAAAUUAGGGAAAGGUGGAUUUGGAACUGUCUACAAGGGUGUUCUAGCAGAUGAAAAGGAAAUUGCUGUUAAAAGGCUUUCAAAAACUUCUUCUCAAGGUGUGGAGGAAUUAAAAAAUGAAAUAAUAUUGAUUGCCAAAUUGCAGCAUCGAAACCUUGUCAGACUAUUGGCUUGCUGCAUCGAGCAAAAUGAAAAGCUUCUUAUCUAUGAAUACUUGCCUAAUUCAAGCCUUGAUUUCCACCUAUUUGAUAUGGUGAAGGGUGCACAACUAGCUUGGAGACAGAGAUUAAAUAUUAUUAAUGGGAUUGCUAAAGGGCUUCUAUAUCUUCAUGAGGACUCUAGGCUCAGAGUUAUUCACAGAGACCUGAAAGCUAGCAAUAUUCUAUUAGAUCAAGAAAUGAAUCCAAAAAUCUCAGAUUUUGGACUUGCAAGAACAUUUGGAGGAGACCAAGAUGAAGCAAAUACAAUUAGAGUUGUAGGAACUUAUGGAUAUAUGGCUCCAGAAUAUGCUAUGGAAGGAUUGUUUUCAGUAAAGUCAGAUGUUUUCAGCUUUGGUGUUCUUUUGCUAGAGAUCAUCAGUGGAAGAAAAAACAGUAAAUUCUAUCUUUCAGAGCAUGGGCAAAGCCUUCCCAUAUUUGCAUGGAACCUUUGGUGUAAAAGAAAAGGCUUCGAACUGAUGGAUCCAUCGAUUGAAAAGUCGUGUGUACCUAGUGAAUAUCUGAAGUUUUUACAUAUCGGACUAUUGUGUGUACAAGAAGAUGCAGCAGAUAGACCUACAAUGUCAAGUGUUGUUCACAUGCUUGCAGGUGACACGGUGACUCUUCCAAGCCCUACACGCCCUGCAUUUUCUGUUGGUAGAGCUAGAGCUAUCGUUGACCGAGAAUCUUCGUCAAACACUUCUAUCUCUGCCAAUGAAGUAACCUUGUCUGAAUUGAUGCCUAGAUGAAUAAUGAAACUGGACAUGUUCUUCAUCUUAGCUUUUGUAGGAUUCAGAAAACUUUUAGGUAAUUGUAAGCUACUCAAAACACAGAACUAGUAGGCAGAUUACAUAAAUUUUUGGUGUAAAAAUGAUUGACUCUUUGGAAAUAUGUAUCUUAGGUAUUUGUUAUGGCUUAUGCUAUUUUGUACAGCACAUUCUUGUAUUUUUCAGACAACAUUUUUCAUUCAUGGCAAAAGCUUUGGUUUGUUGUCAA